GAUCUCUUGCUUCUAACCCCAUACAACCCCGGUCUUGUUUGAAUGUUUCUGGGUAUGCGUAAGACAGAAGAAAAUCUAAGAAAUUAGGCUCACCUAAUAUUUUUGCAAUAAUAAGAUUGGCUUGCUGCAUAAAGCAAUGUGAGGAUUCCAGCCCCCACCCUUUACAUAGUUUUCCAUUUGAGUUUGGCUAUUCACCACUUGUCUCCUUUUUUUCUGGAUAGGUCUAUCUGCUGGUCGAAUUUCUCAGGUUAUUGUUGGAGAUGAGCAGCGACAGUACCUCUUGGUGAUUGGGCGGGAUGUAAAUGAUGUCCAGUUAGCUCAGCGUUUAGCUCAGGCAAAUGAGAUUGUCUUGUCCUGGAACUGCUGGAAGCUCUGUGAGCAGUACAUGUUUGAAGUGGAAAUCAUGAAGGAGGAUGAAGCUGUGAAGUUAAGAGAUAUGCGGAUCAUUGACCCAUUUGAUUUUGAUGAGCAUUUUGACAAGUGCCUUGAUUACCUGCCACAUUACCGGACAAGUGCUGAUACUCUAAGAACUGCCCUGGAGUUGGAUCCAGACUUUGCGCUUGAACAAACCCUGAGGAAGCACAUAAUGAAAAACCUUUUGAAGAAGAUUGAUGAAGGGCAGCCUAUGGAGUAUAUAUCUGAAUUCCGUACUGUGACUAUGGUUUUGGUCAGCCUAGAGUUCCACAAGACAGCAUGGAUGUUGCAUUUGUGUCAUCUUAUCCAGGAGGCUGCCCUGUACAUCUCCACAGUCAUAGAGAAAGGGGGUGGCCAGCUAAGUCGGAUCUUUAUGUUUGAGAAAGGCUGCAUGUUCCUCUGUGUUUUUGGCCUUCCUGGGGAUAAGAAGCCAGAUGAGUGUGCACAUGCCCUGGAGAGCUCCUUCAGCAUCUUCAGCUUCUGCUGGGAGAAUCUUGCUGAGACCAAGCUUGUUUCCAUCAGUAUCACCAAUGGACCAGUAUUCUGUGGCAUGAUUGGGGCAGUGGCAAGACAUGAAUAUACAGUUAUUGGUCCAAAGGUGAGCCUUGUGGCCAGAAUGAUAACUGCUUAUCCAGGUUUGGUGUCCUGUGAUGAGGUAACAUAUCUAAGAUCCAUGCUACCUGCUUACAACUUCAAGAAACUCCCACAGAAAAUGAUGAAGAAUAUCUCCAACCCAGGGAAGAUGUAUGAAUACCUUGGCCAUAGAAGAUGUAUAAUGUUUGGGAAGAGACAUUUGGCCAGAGAGAGAAAUAAAAAUCACCCUUUGUUAGAUCGGGAGAAAGAACUGGAAGCCUUCCAAAUGGCACAGCAGGAAUGUUUGCACCAGAAGAAGGGACAAGCAGUUUUGUAUGAAGGUGGAAAAGGCUGUGGAAAAAGUCAACUGUUGGCUGAAAUAAACUUCCUGGCCCAUAAGGAACAGCACAGGGUGUUACCACUGAAGCUGAAGGAAACAGAUUUCAAGCAGUGCUUCUAUGCCAUCCAGACUCUCAUGGCUAUCUUCUUUGAGAUCGAUACAUGUCCAGCCUAUUACCGGCAAGAGUGCCUACACAAACAACUCCAUGGGAUGGUGGAGGAACCCCUUCACUGCCUUUUUAAUGACCUCUUCUUUGUGAAGUUUCCCUUAUCCUUCGAAGUUUCGCACAUGGAUGACCUGACCAGACAAAAGAAGGUUAAGGCGUGUUUUUUUCAAGUGCUUCAGGAGGCAGUGAGGGAAACACCACUGAUUUUCCUCAUUGAUGAAGCCCAAUAUAUGGAUACAGCUUCCUGGGAGUUUUUGGAAACAUUACUCUCCACUGUGCCCAUCAUCAUGGUGAUGACAUUGACCCCUACUUUCACCCUGUGUGGCUGUGCCCAGCACUUCCUGCAGAGCUCUCAGGCUGUCCUUGUGCCCAUUUUGAAGUUGGCAGCGACCUCACUGUUGAGAAUGGCAUGUUGGGAACUGGGGGUGGUGAGCAUCCCCCAAGAGCUACAGAUGUGA